UGCUGAAACAUUCCCCUAGAAUAGACCACUGGUGGACUGUUUUGGGUGUUGGGCUAUGCCUCUCUGGUUCUUUGGCCUGUAUGUCUGAUCUUAAUUGUUCCAGACUUGUUACCCAACACAUUUCUCUAGUAGAUCUCCCUAAUUUAAGUUUUGUCCUAUUCCCAAUCUCUCACAAUAUUACCAAGUCUUAAGUGAUUUCUAUCAUUUAACGCUACUCCACAGUCCAAAUAGCCCUCACAAAUACCUGCUUGCACUUUUCCGUUCUGCUAGUUCCCAACUUAACCAGCUCCCUAACCCUUCUGCUAAAUUGCUACAUUGUGAAGCCAGGAGUGAGUAUCAGAGAAAGGUGAGUCUCAGAAUAGAGGUCGAUAGCUCACAGGUAAGAGCUGGUUCCCAGCCAUGUGACAGACAGGAGAAAGGUACACAGCUGUGUGAUUAACAGGAGUGAGGAGAGAUUUAUAAAGGUCUAUCGCCAUAAGGAGAUAUUAUUACAAGUGUGUAAGUACUUCGAUAGAGUCAUAUGUUAGUGCCAGUACUGUGUAUUUUCUUUUACUUAGUGCAGUCUUAGAAUAGUAAUAAUAAAUAUCAUACGAUCAGUAUCAUCUCUGAACUUACAUAAACAGUGAUCUCUGUUCUACUACUGUACACUGUAAUUUACCUUAUUUAUGUCAUCCAUCUAUAAAGUGCAUUUGAGUGAUCUCUCUAUACUGUGCUAAUGAGAUUCUUCUCUUGCAACUUCAGGAGUUCAGAUACUGACCAUUGACCCUGUCCCUCAGAACGAUAUUGUUCCCAACAGUGAACCUAUGACAUUUGUCAGUGUGAAAGGUAAGAAUGAUCACUUGACAUGCUUCCAAAAUAGCUACCCAGGCUAAUUCAGAGGGAUUAGAACCAAGAACAUCAGUUUCAGCAACCUUGCCUGCAAUACAGGUUGUAAAUCCUUAGUGAGAGCUGGCUUAGUCUUGUGGCAUUCAUGCAUAAAUUGUAUAGAAGAUGUCCACGCCUAGACAUGCUGAUUUAGGGUUCUGCUCUGGAUAGACAGCUUGGCACCAAUGGUCUGUGAUGUCUGUAAUAAUGAUAUUUCCAGUUUUCAAGGCUACCCUUAAUAAAUGUUUAGAUCAGUUAGAUGUCACUUUUUAAAGUCAUUUUAUCUUACUGGCUCAUAGUCUUUUGUGAUUUGUCAUUUAGGUUGUAGUCAUUUAAAAGUCAAUGGGGUUAUUACCCAGGUGACCCUUUGUCUCUCACAAACAACCCAAGAUCUUAAAAGGUCAAGUUGCUUACAACAACUUCUCCAGAGAGUCCUUUUCCACAGGAGAAGGUCACUGACCGAGAUCAGUGAUCGAAAAGGGUUAUACCAAUGAAUGAGUAAAAUGCAAUGGUAGAUAUAAUUAUUACGAACUUUAUAUGUGAGUGUUAGUUAGCUUUUUAAAGGAGCACUCCAGAUAUCUAAUUGGAAUGCAUAAAUGUCAUGAAAAAAAAUGUUAUUGCCUGAAUAGUUGUUUUAGAUUGGUUAAAGUAAAAUUCAAAAAUGUGUGUAAUCAUGAAAAAAAAUUUAAUUUGUUGAAAUGGUUUUCAUGUUAUGAGCAACAAAAUUCCUAGAUAAUACACUCCCACUUUUACUAACAUUUCUUAUCAGUUGUGGAACAUAUUAUCUUCCUUGUCUUUUAUUACAUGUCUACAUAUCUCUCAUGAUGUGUCUUCAAUUUCCAGGUGACCUUCUGGGGGAAACAUUGGGCAAUUCCAUUGAUGGUUCCAAUCUAAACCACCUAAUCAUGGUGCCUGCUGGAUGUGGAGAGCAGAAUAUGAUGACAAUGACCCCCAGUGUGAUCGCCACCCGAUACCUUGAUAUCACUGGCCAAUGGGAGAAAGUUGGACUAAAUCGUAGAGAAGAAGCCAUUAAAACCAUUAACCAGGGUGAGCAUACGUGAAGAACGUGGGAAUAUUGCAAACACUGUAAAAGGCAAGCUAGAUUAUGACUUUCGGACAAUAUUAGCAUUACUCUAUAUAGAAUGAUGUGGCAUUUCAUUUUGUGUUAUCUGAUAAGUAUUCUAGAAUGUAGCUGAAAUGCACCUGGACAACAUAUUGCUAUCAGUUACGAACACAUGUAACUAACACACGUUUCCCAUUUUUGCCCAUCUGUCUUGUCAGGAUAUGUUCAGCAGUUGGUAUAUCGAAAAGAUGACAACUCUUAUUCUGCCUUUACUAACAGACCAGCCAGCACCUGGUGAGCAAUGUUUGGGAGGAUUACUCUGAGUUUCAUUUUGUACAUUAUUCAGUCUGAUGUCCCGUUUUAUAGCUUUUCUUCAUUGUGAUUUCCUGUAAUUUACAAUGAGAGACUGCAGAGCAUGUUUAUGUUUAAAUGUUUUAAAGAGAUUCACUUAUGCUCAGAUUCGGCACAUGUCAAACUUAGUUUGAAAUACACUCUGCAUUUCCUGUAGAUAUUAUGCCUAUAUUUUUUAAUAUGGUCAGGAAAUAUGGGAGGUAGAUUAAGACUUGGUUAUUAUACACUAAGUCACACUCCCAAGUAGGCAUAAAUGUAUAAGGUGCUGGACUCUAGUUAACCCACACUACUAAAGGUUAACAAUACAAAAUAUAGAAAAAAGGAGUUUAAGAAUCCACACGCAACAAUAUGUGAAAUUAUUUGUGAAUCGAAACUUUUAAUUGAGAAAAAGAUAUGUUUAAAUGUAUAAUACUAUUUAUCUGGAUACAAGCACAUAGUGAAAGAUAAAAGUAGAGUUGCACUGAAAGACCUGGAGUUUCAAAAAAUAUCUCCUAGUCAAAAAUAUUCUAAAUACAGUUAUUUUCUUUUCUGCACUUUUUUUUACGACACUCCCUUGCAGGCUCACAGCAUAUGUAGUUAAGAUUUUUUCUAUGGCAUUUGAAUUGGUACAUAUUGAAAAAAGUGUCCUAUGUGGGGCUGUACGGUGGCUAAUUGAGGAGAAACAACUACCUAACGGAGCUUUCAAAGAGGACGCACCGGUCAUCCAUGGUGAGAUGGUGGUAAGUUACUGGAAGAGCUGUAUGUGGCAAGUGAAAAAUCAGAGUAUGGGAUGUUUUUAAGUGGAAAAAGGUGAGGGAUGAUAGAUACAAUAUCCAUGUGAAAAUAGACACUUUAUGAUGUAUUCUUGGGGAAACCCCAGAAUCAGUUGGGUUAGAAGACAAUAUAAUGUCCUUUGAGGUCCUUUGGGUAUAUGCAAAAAUGUCAGGUCUAAGUCCAUCCAUGUGUUCUACUACAUAGAAAUGUCCAUUUAUGGGACAAUUCAGGAAUCAGAUUAAGGAACCAAGUUUGAGGAACAGAGUUAACAGUUCUGGCACUAAUUGUAACCAGUUAGAAAGUGAGUUCUUUACCAGGAUUAAAGGAAUAGGUACAAGACAGUGGACAUGAGGAUGUAUUAAUAAAUAUGUCCUAUCAUGUUAUAAGACAUUCUACAAGUUGUGAUAUUCAGUGCUAUGGUUACAAAUUCUGAAUGUGAAUGGUAUGUUAUCUUGUUUACGUGGAUGUAGCAGUUCUCUAAGUGAACAUGUCUUUUCGAUGAAUGAGCAUGUUUUCUCUCUGCAGGGAGGAUCUGGCAGAACUGAUCCCGAUGCUUCUCUCACGGCAUUUGUCCUGAUUGGCAUUUCGGAGGCACAAAAAAUCUGUAACUCGGAAGUCAGUGUGAGUUUUGCAUGUAUUUGUGUUUGUUAAAUUGAAUUAACACUUCUAUGUCAAUGUAAAUCUCUAUUAAGGGGAAACCUGAAUAUGUGUAAAAUGGGCACUUUUAAAAAUUUGUAAAUGUGCAUCCCUGAACAUUAAUAGCAGGAAGAGGACACAACACAGUAAACAAUAUUUAGUUUAUUGGGUACACUGUGAAAAGUGUGCACUAAACUCGUAGACGUAGAUUCAGUUCAGUCUUAAUUGCAAUUCAGUCAAUUUUUGGACAAUUUGGUGUCCUUCCCAAGUUCCGAAAUCCAUAACAAAUUUGUCCAAAUUCCAAAUAAACCAAAUAUCACAAUAGGUGAACUGUUUCCUUUGAUCUGAAAUGUGGAUUUUGGGUUGAAGGGCAUGUAGAUAGUAGCUACUGCCACUUAAUAACAACUUCGAAUCACUCACAGUUUGAGAAAGUUUUUUUGUUAAAAGGAUAUUAUAGUAAGCUUUACUCCAUUAUGUUAGGCCUUCCCUGGCCAUAUUUGGUUCCAAAUUUGCAAACAGAAAUUUCUUCAGAAAUCCGAUAUGAAUAAAUUUGGAAGAACCGAACAUUUUCCCACUUCACCUAUCUAAUGUGCACUUUUGCUAUCAGUACAAGACCAAAUUUUCGGAGAACAAUUUUUUAAAAGUAUAUUUUAAAGAUAUAUAUUGUUUCAACUAAAAAAUAUGGAAUUUUCGUAUUAAAAUUUAGUGGUACAUUAACUACACAUCGUCUUAUAUGCCCAUUUACACAUUAUGAGGAGAAACAUAGAUUGCUUUUCUCCAGCAUCUACCUAUAAAUAAUAUUUCCGCCAUAUAAAAGUUCUUUGAGGGCAAGUAUAAGGUGAAUUCAAUAAACGAUUGAAUGUCUUGGAAAGUAUGUAUUUAUAUAUCUAAAAAGAAUUGAGAUUUAUAUACUUUACUCACAAGAAGGUCUGUGUUUUGAAUGACAGUUAACAAAAUAUUGUCAAAACUAUUUUUUCACUCCCCCCAACUCGGCACCGCAGCUGUAGUUACUGUGGGCACAUAAUUAUGACAUCUUACUCAUGUAAAAUAUCCUUCCAAAAAAUUACAUUGAUGAUUGAUGAUAGACAUUAAUAUGAUCCCUAUUUUUAACCCCACAGACCCUGGCUAACAGUGUGACUAAAAGUGCAGAGUAUUUAGAGGGUAGGAUAAAGACCCUGAAAAAGCCAUAUACCGUGUGCAUUGUGUCCUAUGCUCUCGCUCUUGUCGGAAAGCUCCCGGACCACGUCCAGCUAAUUAAAGUUUCAGAUGGUAAGUAAACGAGUGUCUAGCAGAAAUAUUAUAUUUUGGAAACCUCAUACACCAGUGCUCCCCAUCCACUUAUUUAUUUAAAUUGCUAACGUGUAGCUCUUACCUCCAGUGUUGCAUUGUGACUCUCAUAAGUAACACUCGUGCCUCUUCAAAUAUAAGUAGGUUAGCUGUCAUUUCUUAGAGUCACCACCAGUGACUGGGCAAUGAAUUGACCUUUUUGACAAAGAUCACAGGGAAUAAAAAGUGCCAUGUCCCUUGUGGUCGUCUUACGUCUUACAUUAUUUUCAUGAUUUGAGGAAUCAAAGGUGGAGGUCCGUCUGAGACACCUGCUCGAACCUCCUUUCAGGAUAUCCUUAAAUAUAUUGCUCAAUAUAUUGCAAUGAGGAAAAGAGUUGCAUGUAAUUCUCUAUUACUUCUAGUGAACUGUGGCAUAAAUCUUCUCUUUGUCAUUUUAGAUUCCACACACUGGGCUGAAACAUCUUCUGAUCUCUAUUCUAUUGAAGCCACAUCAUAUGGCUUGCUUGCCAUUCUCAAGCUUGGCCUCUAUCAUCUGGCUGCUCCGGUUGCUCGUUGGCUGACAGAACAGAGGUUUUAUGGUGGAGGAUACGGUUCCACACAGGUAGAAUUGGUGCUUCUAUUCCAUUGACACCAAUGAAUGUGUUAAAUUGUCUCUUGAGAGUGAGUGUGACCCAAACUGUGACCCUUCAUUUCCUCCAGGCCACAAUAAUGGUGUUUCAAGCCCUAUCAGAAUACCAGGCUCACACCCCCCUAAUGAAUGACAUAGAAAUGGAUGUGACACUCACUCUGCCUGGGAGAAGGGUUCCUGUAAAUUUGAGGGUCGAUACGAAGAAUGCUAUGCUCCAGCGCAGUGAGAUGGUCAGUGUUUUUAACCCACAAGUCUGAAAUUCUGCUUGGUUACAGUUUUGCACUUACAACAUCUUUUGUGUCUUUUCUGGAUGUUUUAUUCAUAAACCUAGAAGGACAUGUUGACAUUUUGCAUGCUGUUCAUUUUAUUAGAUGUCGAUGACAGGCAAGAUUAAUGUUUUGGCGAAAGGAAGAGGACAGGGCACUCUCACGGUGAGUAACAUUGCAUAAGGUGAAUAAAAUGAAAAUGUUUUAAAAAACAGAUUCAUAUCCAGGGAGCAUUAUUUAAAUAUAGCAGAAAGCACUACAUGCCUCUCCAAAAUAGCUCCAUACACACAUAUAUAUCCAACAAUACACAAACAUCCUACAAUAAAAGUAUCACUCCAUUAACAUUCAACAUAGAACCAUUCGCAUACAACAUCAUUCCAAAUAACUCCAAUGAAGAUCCACAUCUGCAAAAUAUUAUUAAAUAGUAACACAGCCCCAUACACCUUCAACAAUAUCAGGAACACACCUCGAGUAACAAUAUCACCCCAUACAUCGCCUACACAAACCCAUACACAUAAAACGUCACUUCAAAUAACUCUGAAUGACUCCAACAGAGAUCAUGCACCUCAAAAAAUAUUACUCUAAAUAACUCCCAAAACAGACCACACAUACCUCCAACAAUAUAACUCCAUCGGCUUCCAGUACAGACUCAUACAGGACCAACAGUAUCACUAACACACUUUUAAAACAGACCCAUAAAUCUUAAGCAACAGCAUUCUGUGCACUUUCAACAGUGCCCUUUGAACCACAAGCAGCAAUAUUCCAUACUUCUCAAAUCUAACCUCCAUCAAUAGCACCCCGUAUACCUCUAAUAACAGAAACACACACCUCCAAUAGAGCACUAUACACCUCCGUCAAUAUAACUCCACGCAGCGUCAAAAAAGCCCUGAACACCUCCAAUAAUAGCACUCCAUACAACGUGACAGCACAAUACACCUACAGCAACUGAGGUCCAUGUACCCACCUACAUAACUCUAAAGAACUCAAAAAAUAUCUCUAAACGCACGAGACAGAGAUCUGUUCACCUCCAAUAAUAUAAAUUAAUUUGACGUCUUCAUACUCUGUACUAUACUCCUCCAGCAUCAACAUUCCAUGCACCUUAAAUGCAACUCUAUAUAUCUCCAACUGCAGCACUAAAUACCCUAGAAUAAAGCUUUGGCCAAUAGGUAACCUGUUUACCAUUAUGUCUCAUCAUUUCCAGGUAAUGUCUGUGUAUUAUGCUCCAAUGGCCGAGGGAGCUGUUCCUUGCAAGAACUUUGAGUUCACUGUAACCCUUGAGGAUGCACCAAAUGGUAAAUAAAUUAUAAAUACAUAACUAACAAUGAGACAGGUUUUGGCAUAUAAUAACCAGAAUGCUAAAGACUCUUUGACGUAGAUUCACACAUGCAUGUAUUUUUUAUUUACUUGUAAUACAGCAACAAAGCCAGAAGGAGCCCUGAGAUCCAUGUACAUCAAUAUCUGUAUGAAGUAAGGACCUCACAUGUUAAUGUACAUAUGUGUGGCUACUCUGUGUGUUUGGAUUUUAUAAAAUACAUGCAUUUGCCGCUAUGUGAUCUGUUUUGUUUUUAACUCUUCAUCGGACCUGUUUGUUUGAAUUUUAUGUAUGCAGCAUUUUUUACGUGUUACUUUUUAAAUUGUCUUCUCUCUGCAGGUUCCUUGGAAUCAUAGAUUCUACGAUGACUAUUGUGGACUUAUCGUUGCUCACUGGAUUUAAACCAGACAUGGAAGAUCUCAAAAAGGUUGGUCACUUUUUACCAUGACUGAGUAAGUAUGGUAUGUGUUGGGGGAUUGAAAGGCAAUGGCUGGUGGAAGGGUAUGUGAUGUCUUAGAUGUGGAUGUAAAGGUAAAGGGGACACAUGUAAGAAUUUGGUGGGUGAAGCAAUGUCACCAAUUUCAACUAGGUGAACCACAUACAACUGAUCAUUUGUUGUGUCUUUGUUUCAUUUUCUCUGCAGUUGACCAACAGGGUUGACAGAUAUAUCUCAAAGUUUGAGAUGGACACAGAACUGUCGGAUCGAGGGUCUCUCAUUAUUUAUUUAGAUAAGGUGAGUAUCCGUAUGCAGGUACAUAUGGAUAUAAAAACACACAUAAGCACCUUAUAAAUGCCAAAACACUAUACAGGGAGUGCAGAAUUAUUAGGCAAAUGAGUAUUUUGACCACAUCAUCCUCUUUAUGCAUGUUGUCUUACUCCAAGCUGUAUAGGCUCGAAAGCCUACUACCAAUUAAGCAUAUUAGGUGAUGUACAUCUCUGUAAUGAGAAGGGGUGUGGUCUAAUGACAUCAACACCCUAUAUCAGGUGUGCAUAAUUAUUAGGCAACUUCCUUUCCUUUGGCAAAAUGGGUCAAAAGAAGGACUUGACAGGCUCAGAAAAGUCAAAAAUAGUGAGAUAUCUUGCAGAGGGAUGCAGCACUCUUAAAAUUGCAAAGCUUCUGAAGCGUGAUCAUCGAACAAUCAAGUGUUUCAUUCAAAAUAGUCAACAGGGUCGCAAGAAGCAUGUGGAAAAACCAAGGCGCAAAAUAACUGCCCAUGAACUGAGAAAAGUCAAGCGUGCAGCUGCCACGAUGCCACUUGCCACCAGUUUGGCCAUAUUUCAGAGCUGCAACAUCACUGGAGUGCCCAAAAGCACAAGGUGUGCAAUACUCAGAGACAUGGCCAAGGUAAGAAAGGCUGAAAGACGACCACCACUGAACAAGACACACAAGCUGAAACGUCAAGACUGGGCCAAGAAAUAUCUCAAGACUGAUUUUUCUAAGGUUUUAUGGACUGAUGAAAUGAGAGUGAGUCUUGAUGGGCCAGAUGGAUGGGCCCGUGGCUGGAUUGGUAAAGGGCAGAGAGCUCCAGUCCGACUCAGACGCCAGCAAGGUGGAGGUGGAGUACUGGUUUGGGCUGGUAUCAUCAAAGAUGAGCUUGUGGGGCCUUUUCGGGUUGAGGAUGGAGUCAAGCUCAACUCCCAGUCCUACUGCCAGUUCCUGGAAGACACCUUCUUCAAGCAGUGGUACAGGAAGAAGUCUGCAUCCUUCAAGAAAAACAUGAUUUUCAUGCAGGACAAUGCUCCAUCACACGCGUCCAAGUACUCCACAGCGUGGUUGGCAAGAAAGGGUAUAAAAGAAGAAAAUCUAAUGACAUGGCCUCCUUGUUCACCUGAUCUGAACCCCAUUGAGAACCUGUGGUCCAUCAUCAAAUGUGAGAUUUACAAGGAGGGAAAACAGUACACCUCUCUGAACAGUGUCUGGGAGGCUGUGGUUGCUGCUGCACGCAAUGUUGAUGGUGAACAGAUCAAAACACUGACAGAAUCCAUGGAUGGCAGGCUUUUGAGUGUCCUUGCAAAGAAAGGUGGCUAUAUUGGUCACUGAUUUGUUUUUGUUUUGUUUUUGAAUGUCAGAAAUGUAUAUUUGUGAAUGUUGAGAUGUUAUAUUGGUUUCACUGGUAAUAAUAAAUAAUUGAAAUGGGUAUAUAUUUGUUUUUUGUUAAGUUGCCUAAUAAUUAUGCACAGUAAUAGUCACCUGCACACACAGAUAUCCCCCUAACAUAGCUAUAACUAAAAACAAACUAAAAACUACUUCCAAAAAUAUUCAGCUUUGAUAUUAAUGAGUUUUUUGGGUUCAUUGAGAACAUGGUUGUUGUUCAAUAAUAAAAUUAAUCCUCAAAAAUACAACUUGCCUAAUAAUUCUGCACUCCCUGUACAUACAUUGGCAGACACACAGAUACACACUGCCACUUACACAUAAUGUCUUGAACCAGUACAAGACAGUAGCAUACACUGCCGAUGCAAAUGGCUCAUGGGUGACCUACCCAUUAAGCAUACUAAAGGAUGUGUGAAGGUAAAAUGAGUUCACUGCCUAAAGAGGAUUUGAUGUCAAAUUCAAUACACAUCUUUCAAAUAAACUAGGUUAUUUUUUAGUAAGACAGACUAUUUAAGGAAAAAAAAGCAAGUCUAAACAACAUUAACAGUUAUAUUGAUCCAGGAGAGAUGUGAACUUGAUGGACACAAGUCUUUUUGACAGCCUGCAUAGCUAUGUAACUAGGAAUUCCAUUAUGGAAUAAAAAAUUAUUUAAGGAAAACUUGAAAACAUCUUUGUGUUUUUUUCAUCGUUUUGAUUAGAAACAAAAAUAAUAAUGAGGAAAAGAAAAAACAUGACUGUUAUUUUCAAGGCCUUAAUUCAAUAUUAUCAGCAGAAACCAGUUGCUAAUUAUGGAUUGGAUUAUGGAAUUAAUUUAAUGAGAGCCAAAAUCCAAGCAAAUAUUAAACCUGAUAAAUGCGCGAAAUAAAACAGUCAAUAAAUGUGCAUCGGGUGGGGGCAGAGGGGUAGACAAUGAUAUGCCCAAACUUUUUUAUUUUAAUUUCAGCCCCUACUGUAAGGUCCCCGUGUAUAUUAUUAGUGACUAGACAGCAAUAUAUAUCAGAAGCCAAUAAAUAUAAUCGGCUCUAAUUAAAUCAAUGCCUGUUGACACAGGAUUUGUGAGAUCUUUUAUUUUUACUUUGUGCUAAUUUAUGACUAUUUAGAAAUGCCUACGACAAACUUAAAUAUUAAAAGAAUGUUAAGUUACCUGUUUUUUCUUGAAUGUUAAGUUACCUGUUUUCUAAUGAGGACAGUAUGUUCCCAACUGACCCUUUGGCAGUCACGGAUGUGUUUUAUAUACACACACCACAGCUCUUAACACCGAAAAAGUUGAUGGAAUAUGGAUACUUAGCACAAUUACAGAUUGACUUCCCCCCCCUCCUGAUACACCGAAUGCUAUACACAAAAUCUCUUGAGAUACAUUAAACCUAUAGAGGAACAAAAGUAAAACGUCAUAGUAUAACAUUGUCUGGGCAGUAAAGCCAUGAAGGAAUAAUAUAUUGUCCUCACAAACCUCUCAGCGGGACAGGCAUGUAAGUAAAUCUCAAAUCUUCUUGUAGAAAUUCCAUAUCAACAUGGAUCUUGCUGUCACACUAAAAAUAAAGUAUAAAAAGGAUGGUGCACAACAUUCUCUAUUUCAUAUAAAUAUUAAAAUUAGUAUAGAAUUUGUUUUAAAAGAAAAUAUAUAUAAAAACAAACAAAUUCAUGUUAUACCCUGUUGUACUUGAGACACAAUACUCACAAAGUACAUAGGACCCCCCUCUAUAUUAACACUUUGGUGAAAGUGGUUUAACCUAUGAAUCUCUGUGAUAAUCUCUGUUUAUUAUCACUCCCCUGAUCCUGAUCGGUUUCAUUGUUUGUACCAAUGUGAAAAUCGAUUCAGUGGAAGACUCUAAAGAAGUCUGAGAGAUGAAACGCGUAGGGUUUGGCCAUAUCAUUUAUUCAGGAGAUUGGGUGAAGUUACAUGUGAUGUGCUGUGAUUUUUAUUUUAUUUUUUAUAUAUAUAAGUUAAGUGCAAAGAAAUACCUUUUUACACGGAAUAGAGGAUGCUCUUUUUGUACUUUAUUUUUAAUGUGAAAGCAAGAUCCAUGAAUGAUGGGAGAUCUGUGAGUGCAGCAUAUUAUUUCUUCGUGGCAUCACUUCCCAAACAGUGUUAUACUAUGUAGUUUUGAUUUGUUCCAGUAUAGGUUCAGUGUAUCGCAAUAAAUUUUGUGUAUAAUAGAUGUGUUUUAAUUGGUUUCUAUAGCAGGGUCAUUGGGGAAAAAAAAGCAAUAGUUGUGGAGAAUUAAGAACUGAAGUAAAAAUGUCUCAAUGGCUAAUUUAGAAACAAAUUGUCUAAUUUGGUGGACAAGGAGCAUAAAAUAAACAGAUAUGAAUAAAAUACUAAUAAUAUGAGUAUGAAUGAAUAUAACCCAACUUUAAGGUGAAACAUUAUACUAGCUUUAAAAUGAAUCUGCCAUGUCAGGCUCAACUUUAAAUAUAUGAGCUCGUAAGGCAGUAAAUAUGUAAUCUGUCAUAGUAAUAAAUUAUAUAUUUACUUGGUUUAGGAGCUGUUAUAUUACUACUUACUUUUACUCCCAUGGCUCUGUUGGAAUGUCCUAUAUAACCUGCAAUAGUGAGAAAUGCUUGCUGGAACAAUCACUGUGAUACUGCUCUAGGGUUCUCCUGCUCUCCCCGUCACUCAAUCCUGGCUUAGAUCUCUGCGUUACCAGUGAAGAAAGAUCGGCAUCGACGAUUGACAGAUGCAGGAGGGGACAAAAGUUAUUAACUUAAAAUCUAUACAUGUGCUAGCAUUUGUAACCUCUAAUAUAAGUAUAUGUUGUUUAUACCACGACAGAUACACUCUAAAAAUACUCUACUUUGAACAGUUAAUUUAUCUUCUCUUGAGUGUUCCUAUAUUUACUUUUCAGGUGUCCAGAUCAGAACAUGAAUGCCUCAGGUUCAAAAUUCACCAACAUUUCGAGGUUGGAAUUCUUCAGCCAGCGGCAGUCACCGUCUAUGAAUACUAUUCCCUUGGUAAUUGAGGUGUUGAUGCUAAUUGCAAGACCAGACAUGCAGAUCUAAUGUAUAGAAUGAAUCUGGACAUUACUCACAGCGUGGAUUCUUGCCUCGAUGCUUGCAACUAAAAUUCCCUUUGUGUAAGAAAGUGUGGGAAAUAAACAGUUGGCACCAGAAGAGCUGCCUUUUGGCGCCAGUGGCCAACCAACAUGACAAGGGUAUUUCUCUCUGGCCAAUGCCUCAUGCAUUAAUGCAUAUUCUCAGUUGCGAUCUGUUUAUUUAUUUUGCAUUAUUAUUGACUAUAAACCAGGUCCAUGCUGAUCACUGACAAACUAAGCAAUGAGAGAUGAACAGUUGAUACUCUGUUCUAAAUUCUAUCUAUAAAAUCUAUUAUUUAUAGAUGACAGCCUUGUCUUCAUUCCACAUUCCCCCAACCAAUGUUCUUUUAUUUUCUUUUAUCCUGCAAACACAUUUCAGAAUCAUGUGCUCUAUUACAAGACUAAUUGAAUUUUUUAACUUGUGUAGCUAAAUUCCGCUAUGUAGGACAUAAGCUAUUCCUUUGCCUAUUAUUCCAAAUAUAUAAAACAAACUAUUUCACAGUUUGAACAACAAAAAUCAAAGCAUAAGUUGCCAUUAUGAAAAUUGUCUACUGAAUAUUGAGGCAUUUGACGAGCUGUGUAGGUGAUAGGUCCACUUUAGUGAGGGACAUGGAUUUUUCCGGUGGGUACAUCUUUAACACAUCUUUGAUUCAUAUACCCUUUGCUCCUUUUCCCUCAGAAAACCGAUGUACAAAGUUCUACCACCCAACAGAGGAGCAGGGAGAAAUUCGGAAAAUCUGUAGAGGGGCUGAAUGUCACUGCAUGGCAGGUAAUGCCUUAACCCUUGGCUUAAAUAACCUAUGA